AUCCAACCUGAUUCAACUUUCUCCGCUAGACCGGAAUCCGUGACUUGCGCCGAAUUUGAUUCCGCCGUUUCGCGUCGCCUCCUACCAGCGCCGCCAAUUAAUUAAAAAGAUCAUUUUCAUGACGACGGGACAUCCCAUCGAGCCUUUCAGUCUCAUCAGAGCCAAGUUUGUUGUGACGACGUGAGGCCGUGUGGUGACCUGCGCACUUUCUAGCGCUUGUGGCGUUGCGUUUAAGCCUCAUUGCGGCUUGGUAAACCUAAUCAUUGAACAUUCCGUGCUUCGCCAACACGCUCCACCUCUCGAAAGACUCAGCUCCUCGUCAACACCAAUCCCAUGUCGGACUCGGCUCUUCAGAGGGACCUCACGGGGUCCACACUGGUGGAAACCAAAGCCAUUAUCAAGAAUGUAGACAUGUCCGAAGACAUGUCGCAACGAGCGAUUGAACUUGCGAUGCAGGCUCUCGAAGCAUACCCUGUGGAGAAAGAUACAGCGAUGUAUAUGAAGAAGGAGUUCGACAGGAUAUACGGGACCACAUGGCACUGUGUUGUCGGGAAGCAAUUCGGAAGCUUUGUGACGCAUGAGACCAAAAACUUUAUCUACUUUUACCUCGGACCCGUGGCUUUCCUCCUCUGGAAGACCUCAUAGAGCGUGUCAUCGAGGCUCGUGUUGAGCCGCAAGAUUCGUGGCUCGGACUCCAGCUUUUUCGAUUACCCCAAAGUCUCAUGUGGAAAGAACAAGGCCGAAUCGCUCUAUACCAUGCCUGUCCAAACAUCAAGCGACAAUAACGAACGAUCAAAUCAUGACCUGAAUUAAUAUAGCGGAUAUGAAGGAGUGCUAGGAGGGAGGAGAGCCUGCGAAUGGGCAGUCGGAGAGGCAAUGUAGACAAGUCUCGAUUUGCUGAGUCCCGGGGAUGCGAAGUAGCUGCGUACGACAUCAAGAGGGUAAUUUGAAACACCCUGUGCUAUGUGCAGACUUGCGUGCUUGCAAAUG